AUGGAUCCUCAAAUUAUUGACGACAUUGCGACUUCUGUUUCAAAAUGGCGUAUGUACCCUCACUUUGACGUCGCCCACUACAUACUUAUGAGUACUGCUGUAAGAGAAGAUAUCCCUCAAUCUGGUUCUGGUGCUUUUUCUCGAAAGCAUCCGUUUGCCUGUUGGUUUGCAACCAUGCUUAUGUGCUUCGGCGGUGCUAUUCUCGGCAACUUCAUCUUAGGAGAGCCGGUAUUUGCCUGUUUCGAUGAUCACCGCGCUGUACUCACUGCCACGGCUGUCUGGUACUUAAUCAACUACUCACCUUUUGACGUGAUCUACAAAAUUUAUUCAUUUUUUUCGAUCCGCCUACUCAUCUGUGCCAUGAAGGAGGUUCAACGAGCAAAGAAAAUCUCUCUCGGUGUCUCUCAUGCCUACCAUGACUACCCACACAGUGCUGUCACCUGCAUUCUGGUCGGCCUCCUCAAAGGUACGGGUUAUUUGGAAAUGAAGAUAUUCGCCAGACUCGUACGUGGUGUCUGGCUACCUGCGUCGACCGAGUUUCUUCAUCCUAGUUUCACGACCAAGAUCUCGCUCCUGUCUGCGAUCGUCUUCUACUGUGAUCUCUUGGACUUGAUCCCUCUUUCUCGACACCAGCUCUUCCUCGCUGUGGUUGGAGUUCUUGUCUAUAUGCGGGUUGCUAUGCUCUGUCUUGGUCUAAAAGAUCCUUUCGCUCCGAUCCAAAACCUCGUUUGCACAAUCUUCUUUGGCGGUGUUGUUGAUGCCUUAAAAGCCGCAGUGACCCGUCGUAAGAGCGGUGACGCAUCGGAGGCAGUAGCAAACACUCCGAAUGUUAUUACACCCAAUACGGGCGUAGGAGCUGCCCAAGAUGGGUAUAGUGGAUCAUCUGGAAGUGGGGGCGUGAAAGAAAGCUCUGGAGCGACAAUGCUUCGUCGGAACAACCCUCCGAACGCCCCUCACAGUGCGGAUAAGAAGAGAGACUGA